AUGAACAAGGAAUUUAAUGCUUCUAUCGAACCGGGUCGGAAAUUCUACAACUUCCCCGAGGUCGUGACAUUCGACAUCUUCGGCUUCACCGGGCGUGGAGCAUUCAAGGAACAUUUCGACGAGACAUUCCACUACUUAUCCAACUCGACCUUUCAAAUCAAGGAUAUCGAGGUCUUUGCCACGUCUAAGACAACUAGGUACGCUCACAUGUACCAGAGGCUGAUCGGAGGGACUGCGGAUGAUGGCAAAAUAUUCGAAAUGACCUACCGGAUCACUGAAAUCUUGAUCAAGGCAAACGGGCAAUGGCAGUGGGUGCACGAGCAUGUGUCUUUCCCCACCGAUAUGAAGACGAUGAAGUCGGACCCAAUCUGCUCCGUUGAUCCUAAGAAGGCUUUCCAAUUCUAA